GGAGCUUUAAAGCCGUCGAGGGCACGCGGUGGCUCCUCACUUCCUGGUCGAAGAUGGCGGAUGAGAAUGAGACAGCACCGAUGCCGGAGAAAGAAGAUGUAGAGGACCACGGACACUGUAGCGACUGUGAAAAUGAAGAGCACCAGUCUGACGAUGGUGACAGAGGUCUGGGUGACGACACUGGGGCUAAGAAGAAGAAAAGGAAGCAGAAAAAGAAGAAGAAAUCUGGUGCCACAGAAGCAGCUCAGGACCCCCUUGCCAAGGUGAAUUCCUUGCCAGCUGAUAAGCUACAGGAGAUCCAAAAGGCCAUUGAACUGUUCUCCGUAGGCCAAGGUCCUGCCAAAACCAUGGAGGAGGCAACUCGGAGGAGUUACCAGUUCUGGGACACGCAGCCUGUGCCCAAGCUAGGAGAGACUGUGACAUCACAUGGCUCCAUUGAACCUGACAAGGACCACAUUCGUGAGGAGCCCUACAGCCUCCCACAGGGCUUCAGCUGGGACACCCUCGACCUGGGAGACGCCGGCGUGCUCAAGGAGCUUUACACCCUCCUUAACGAGAAUUAUGUUGAAGAUGAUGACAACAUGUUCCGAUUCGACUACUCCCCCGAGUUCCUGCUCUGGGCCCUGCGGCCCCCCGGCUGGUUGCCCCAGUGGCAUUGUGGGGUCAGGGUUAACUCUAACCAGAAGCUGGUAGGCUUCAUCAGUGCCAUUCCUGCUUCCAUCUGUAUCUAUGACAUAGAAAAGAAAAUGGUUGAGAUCAACUUCCUCUGUGUCCACAAGAAGCUCCGCUCCAAACGAGUUGCUCCAGUUCUGAUAAGAGAAAUCACCAGACGGGUCAACCUGCAGGGAAUCUUCCAGGCUGUUUACACUGCUGGAGUGGUACUGCCAAAACCUGUGGGCACAUGCAGGUACUGGCAUCGCUCUUUGAACCCACGCAAACUAAUCGAGGUGAAGUUCUCCCACUUAAGCAGGAACAUGACUAUGCAGCGCACCAUGAAGUUGUACCGUCUGCCGGAGGCUCCUAAGACUGCUGGUCUGCGGGUGAUGACCAAGAAGGAUGUGCCGUUGGUGCAUCGCCUUCUCCGUGAGUACCUGAGCCAGUUCAACCUGGUACCUGCCAUGAACCAGGAAGAGGUAGAACACUGGCUGCUGCCCAGGGAGAAUAUUAUCGACACCUACCUGGUGGAGAAUGAUGGCAAAGUAACGGAUUUCCUAAGUUUCUACACACUGCCCUCUACCAUUAUGAACCACCCUGUGCACCGCAGUCUAAAAGCAGCAUACUCCUUCUACAACGUGCACACCACCACCCCCAUGCUCGACCUGAUGUCUGAUGCCCUCAUCCUGGCCAAAUCGAAAGGGUUUGACGUCUUCAAUGCACUGGAUCUAAUGGAAAACAAGACUUUCUUGGAGAAGCUUAAGUUCGGCAUCGGUGAUGGAAAUCUACAGUAUUAUCUGUACAAUUGGAAGUGUCCCAGCAUGGGCUCAGAAAAGGUUGGGUUGGUACUGCAGUGACAUCCCUUUACACCGUACACAAGUGUCACCAACAGGCCAGGAGACAGCACCAUCGCACUAACCACCUGACGGAUGGACUGAUGACUUCCUGCUUCAGGAAAGGAAACCCCACCGCCCAUUUUUACUUUUUGACCUUUUGAACUAUGACCUGCACUACCGCUGCCAGGCAGGAAGGCUGGGAGAGUUUCAUGCUCUUCCUCCUCCCUCGAUCACAUAGACCUUAAGCCAUUGUUACCAUCCCAAACAACUGUAUUUCAUCUGAGAGCUGUCUUGUACCAAACACACAGGAACAGUUUGCACGAUGUAUGGCAUACCUACAUUACAGGUAAAUAAUACCAAACAUUACUGCAGAUUAUGCCCUAACACAUGCAGACUAGAACAUACUGGUUUUGUUUUAUUCCUUAAUGUUGAAAGUGCUUUUUGCAAUUAAAACAAAUCUGUCAUUCUUAAGUUUUAGAGAUAAAGAAAAAUCAAAUGAUAAAGUAUUUUAAAGAGAAAAAGGGUCAAAAGGAUGAGGUAAUAAAUACCAAAAGUGGAAACCCGGUGCUGGCUUCUUUUAAGAUUUCUCUUCUCAUGCUUGACACGUGUCUUUUUGGAUUUUUCAUAUCAAACCUUUUGUCCUACCAGUCAUUAUGGAGAAGAUGUGUAUGCCUUUUGGAGUUUUUAUCAUCUGUUUGAAUAAAUUGACCCUCCUCCCCAGCUUACUGCACUAACACAAGGCCUGAAACACAGCUUGAUAACGUGGACCACCUCAGUUGAAAGGAGAUGAGUUUAACGGCAUCCUGAGUGGGGCGGGGUUACACAACACAAUUAUCAACAGGGAUCAGAUUUGUAAGGAUACUUACAAAGGUCAUAAAGAGCUACGGUCAAAAUGGAGUUCUUAAGUGUUUUGCAGGACUUUGAGCUCAUUAUGUAGUUUUCCCACGGGAAGCAUACAAAGUCUUAUAAAUAUUAAUAUAAUAAAAUACAACAACAUACCCACAAGAAAACUGAAAGAUGUGGCAACAUAUUUUAAUACACAAAGCACUAACUGUGUGUGUGUCUUGCGUGCAUAGGGAAAUAAUCUUGGUUUGAUUUUGUGUCAUUGAAGACAUAAAGUCACUAAUAUUAUGCUCCUAAGCUUAAUUCAGUAAAAGAAAAAACAAUAUCAAUCGACACAAGAAGAAAUCUGAGCACUGCAGGUAGCAUUUCACCUCAAAACAGUAUCUGGAGCUCUACACCAAUCAUGCAGAUGACAUCAAAUCAAAUAAAAAGGUGUGUUUCUCAUAAAAUACUGUACCACCUGUGACGAUUCAGAGUGCAUGUUGAAACUGUUCCUGCGAAAGGCAGUGUGGACUUCCAGGACAUUGUGUUGAGUGGGUGAUGAUGAUUGCUGGGGAAAUGCCCCUCUUUAAAGUGUUUCUUAUGUAAAAUGUUGGUAGAACUUGGAAACCGAUGUAAAAGAAUAAUGGCUCUCAUGUUGUUAUGAUGCAGAAAAAGAAUGUGAAGAUGCAGAUGAUUUCUUUUUUUUGAGCAAAAAAAUAAAAUCAAGAAAUUGCUUAAA